AGAGGAGGAUGUGUGUGGGGGUUCGGCAGCCGGGGCCCAACCUGCCCGGCUCAGCCCUGCUGCUCCUGGGGCUCCUGCUGGGGGCGGCAGCCGGGCUCGACUGUGCCGGGGACACGUACCCCCACAGUGGCCGGUGCUGUCCCGAGUGCCAGCCAGGCCACGGGAUGGUGAGCCGCUGCGACCGCUCCCGGGACACCGUGUGCCGCCCAUGUGAGCCCGGCUUCUACAACGAGGCCGUCAACUACGAGCCCUGCAAGCCCUGCACGCUCUGCAACCAGGGAAGCGGGAGUGAGCCGGGGCAGAGGUGCACGGCCACGCAGGACACCGUGUGCCGCUGCCGCCCAGGCACCCAGCCCCUGGGCGGCUACAAGCGUGGAGUCGACUGCGCCCCGUGCCCCCCCGGCCACUUCUCCCCGGGUGACAACCAGGCGUGCAAGCCCUGGACCAACUGCACCGCCGCCGGGAAGCGCACUCUGUGGCCCCCCAGCAACAGCUCAGACGCCCUCUGUGAGGACAAGAGCCCCCGGGCCACACUGUCCUGGGAGACCCAGGGCCCCCCAGCCAGGCCCAUCACAGUUCAGCCCACCGCAGCCAGGCCUGUGACAUCACAGGGGCCCUCCACACCCCCCCUGGAGGCCCCCAGGGGCUCUUUGCUCGCCGCCCUCCUGGGCCUGGGUCUGGGCCUGGGGGUGCUGGUCCCCCUGGCCACGCUGCUGGCCCUGCACCUGCACCGAAGGGCCUGGAAGACACCCCCAGAUGCCGCAAAGGGCCCUGGGGGAAGCAGAUUCCGGACCCCCAUCCAAGAGGAGCAGGCAGACGCGCACUCCUCCCUGGCCAAGAUCUGAGCCGCGUCCGCGGGGGAGGACUUGCACCCCUCCCAGCUGGGGCCGCAGAGGGUCUGCGAGGCCUGGGGGGCAGCGGGGGCGUCCCAGGUUCAGGCUGCCACACCCGCCACCGUGCCAGCAACUGCGCCCCCCCGCCGGACCUGGGCCCGCCCGCACCGUUGUAGGUGCGCCUGGGCGGGCUCCCGGGCUCUGCUACGUAUGUUGUGCAUACGCCCCGCCCGGGCAGGGCCCCAAUAAAACCACCGACA